AUGGAUAUACAGCAAAAGACGUCCAAUCCUGCUGAAAUCGAGGACCCCACCAGUAUGGCCAUUGUAGAGGCUCGCAGAACAACUUUCGCGAUAGGGUGGCCACACGAUGGAAAAUCUGGCUGGGUAUGCCAGUCCGACAAGAUGGUCGAAGCCGGAUGGUAUUUCUGCCCGAACGAAGAAAGCCCGGACUUGGCAAGCUGCCCUUACUGCAAGCUAUCCUUAGAUGGCUGGGAAGAAACGGAUAAUCCAUUCGAGGAACAUUAUCGCCGGUCAUCCGAUUGCUCCUUCUUCGUCUUCGCUUUACCCGCUGCAAAACCUACCAAAAAGGCUACUCGCGCAAAGAAACCACGCGCCUCAAAGACUUCGCGAUUAUCGACACAGUCUGUCAUGAUAACAACCUCGGAAGCCCCUACUCAUGAAGACGACACCAUGGAUAUAAGCGUCACGUCUCAGGCGACAACUAAGAAAUCGAAAGGCACAAAAAAAACCCCUAGAUCUCGAGCCAAAAAGGGAAAGAAAGAGGAGCCUCUCGAACUCGACGAACUCGUGGAACCAGAACAGGCCGAAGAAAAAGAACCAGAACCAGAGAGACCUAAGCGUGCAACGAGAGGAACAAAACGGGGUAGCGAGGCUGUCGCUCAGGAUUUGCCUCUCGUAACCUCAACGGAGGUGCAUAUAACCCCUGACCCAGAGGAACCCUCACCAAAAAGGCGAGCCACAGAAAUUCGCCGCAGUCUCUCUCAGCCCCAUGAGGAUGUGCGACCGGAUUAUCCGGACGAAGCUCCUGUAGAUGUAGCGACUUCCCCCGUGAUGCCCAAAAAAGGACGCAAGGGUACCAAGAAAAGUACAGCAACGAAGACACGCAAAAUAUCAUCGGCAUCUGCUUCUGGAAGAACGACCAACAGCAAGAUCCCAGAUGACUCGAUUCUCGAGGCUGCCAUUGAAGCCGAUCUCGCUCGCAACAGGCAGGAAUCCGAGCCUUUUGAAUUCCAUUACAAGGACGAGGAACGAGAAAGCGCGAGAUUCAGGAAGCAAUCUAUAUCUGCUUCAACGGAAGUAGUGCCAGUCACACAAUAUGACAUUGAAGACGCUCAGGACACUCGAGCAAAAAUUCAAGCUACAUAUCGAGAACAUGUCCCCGAUCCUGAGCCUGAGCCUGAACCUAUUCACGAGGCCACUGCAGAACCAAAAGCCAAAAAGUCAUCUAAGCGCAAGGCCCCUACAAAGAAAUCUAAGAAGGAAAAGGCCGCCACCCCUACUGAGCCCGAGCCCGAGCCCGAACUAGUAGAGUCCAUGCACUCAGAACCAGAUCUACCUGCAGAACUUGAUGUCUCGCAGCCACAAUCUAUUGAAGAAGAAGAACUUGUACGAAGGGAGACGGAAGUCGAGCCACAUGCACGACAAGGUUCGCUUGUAGCUGUCGAGAUUGAAAUCAACAAGCGCCAGCCAGAAUCAGAUACCGAGAGCACGCAGCCUCCGAUGAAAAAGCAAGGAAGGAAGACAGCAAGUAAAGGCAAGAAGCCCGCUGCUUCGAAGCGAAUAGACGAUGAUAUUGCCUUCAAUGAGGAGCAAAACGAAGCCUCUGAUACCAAUUCUCAUAAUGCUCUUCUUGAUGCUGCCAAAACGCGUGGCAGCAGUUCGAAACGUAAAAGCAAAGAAGCUAACAAGGCUGUGGUGGUCAUAGACCAACAGAAUGCCGCUCCGGAAGGUUCAGCGCAUGAGGCAGCUGUCGAGCAGCCACAAGUAAAGGCGAAGCGUGGACGGCCUGCCAAAGACGCUGAGAGGAAAUCUCAAGAGAAUCCUAACAACAACAACAACAACAACCAAGUCGUUGAAGCGAAGCCGAAACGAGGCCGGCCAUCAAAGCAGAUACCACGAGAUGAAGACCAAGAUGAGCAAGAAACUGAGGAACAGUCCAAGCAAUCGCGGCGGUCGCCAAAGUCUAAACUGCCUCCGAAGAAUACUCGGCGCUACAGCGACUUACCAAAAGACAGGCACCGUGCUCAAAGCUUUAUAGAGUCUGUUGCGCAAGAAAGCUCUUCGCCUCAAACUCGCGCUCCGGAUACAACGCACUCAAGAACACAAGAAAGAACCCCGUCGCCGUCACCUCAAUCGUCCGAUGCCGAGAACAAACCUCCUUCCACCAGACCACGCUCGGCAAGGCCGCCUAUUGUCUCGCCAUCAAAGACACUGUCAACACGCGUACCUCUUGCAGCCAGCACUCCAGUUAAAUCACCGUCAAAACGUCAAGUUGGUACAGGAUACCUAUCAUCCUCACAUUCAUGGCAACCAAUGGAUAUCGACGAACUUCUCGGCAGCCUCGAUGACAAAGAAAAUCGUGAUUUCACGAUUAAUCAGAGCAGCCUUAAGGAUAUCCUUACAAGCCCGGAGAAAAAGAUGACAGUGGAGGAAUGGAUUCAAUUUAAUGCGAAGAAUGGAGAGGAGCGAUUGAGACAAGAAUGCGAAAGACUCAUUAGCAUUUUUGAAAGAGAAGGCGGCAGGGCUAUGAGGGCGUUAGAAGGUAUUGAGUGCAUUGACUGA